AACGUCACUGACGUGUCUGUGAGGAUUGUGAAAAGGAAGUGAGGUGUGAGAAUAGCAAAAGCCUUUUCUUUUAGAUAAUAAAGAAAGAAAAGAGAAAAAAAGCAUAAUAAUAAGAAUAAGAAGCAGAGGUGUUUGAUUUGGUUUGGUCCCAUCGGAAGAGAAAAAGAUGUUCGAGACGCAGCAGAUGUACGCACGUGCGAAGACAGAGGAAUUCGACGUCGAAUCGGGCGAAACGCUCUACCCAGGGUUGAGCCUCGGCGAGAACCAGCUCCGAUGGGGUUUCAUCCGCAAGGUCUACGGCAUCCUCUCCGCUCAGAUCGUCCUCACCACACUCGUUUCUCUCGUAACCGUUUUCUAUUCCCCAAUUAACGACCUCCUCAAGGGAAAUUCCACUCUCCUCCUCGUUCUCGUUUUUCUCCCCUUCGUCUUUUUGAUUCCCCUGCUCAAGUACCAGCAGAAGCAUCCGCAUAAUUACAUCUUCCUUGGACUCUUCACCGUCUCCAUCAGCUCCACUGUGGGAGUCACGUGUGCCAACACCGACGGGAAAAUUGUGCUUGAGGCGUUGGUUUUGACUUCGGCUGUGGUUUCCUCUCUCACGGGAUAUGCUUUUUGGGCUUCCAAGAAGGGCAAGGAUUUUAGCUACCUUGGCCCGAUAUUGUUCACCUCCCUGUUUACUCUUUUCCUCACCGGCAUGAUGCAGAUGUUCUUCCCUCUUGGGCCUACUGCCCAUGCUAUCUAUGGUGCAAUUGGUGCCAUGAUUUUCUCGGGCUAUAUUGUGUAUGACACCGACAAUCUGAUCAAGCGCUUCACUUAUGAUGAGUACAUUGGAGCCUCGGUCACUCUUUAUCUUGACAUUCUCAAUCUCUUCCUUUCCAUCUUAAGGGUCCUCAGGGAGGCAAAUAAUUAGACAUCUUGAGGUUGAGUCAUUCAAAUUCAGAAGACUUUGUUGCAUGAUUAUAAUAUACUGCUGGAAGCAUUGUGAAAUACAAUACACUCUGCUUCCUUGUACUCAUUUACAGCUUAUGAUACUUUGAUCCAAUGAAAUUUAAAGCUUUACAAUUGUAUGUAAGCGUGAUAUAAGAAUGAAGAAUCUCCUAUGCGAAA